AUUCACUCUUCGAUUCAACGAUUCACCGUCAACAUGAAGGUAUUCGCUGUCCUGAUCCUGGCCAUUGCCUCGGCCUCCGCUGGAAUCCUGCCUCAGGUGCAGCCCGUGCACCCCAAGGAUAGGGUGGUGGCUCCUUCCAUUGAGGGACGCAUCACCAACGGCAGGAAUGCCGCAGAGAACCAGUUUCCCUACCAGGUGGGACUCAGCUUCUCCAGCUCCGAUGGCGGCUGGUGGUGCGGUGGUUCCAUCAUUGCCAACAACUGGGUUUUGACUGCUGCUCACUGCACUAGCGGAGCCUCCUCGGCCACCAUUUACUACGGAGCCACUGUCCGCACCAGCCCCAAGUUCACCCACACCGUGGCCAGCAAGGACUUUGUCCAGCAUGCCAACUACCUCUCCCUGACGGUUCGCAAUGACAUCUCCCUGAUCAAGACUCCGGCUGUUACCUUCUCCGCUGCUGUUAACAAGAUUGCUCUGCCCGCCAUUGCCAGCAGCUACUCCACUUAUGUGGGACAGACCGCCGUCGCCUCUGGCUGGGGUCUGACCUCUGACACUGCCACUGCCGUGGCCAAGGAUCUGCAGUACACCGACCUCACCGUCAUCUCCAAUGCCGAGUGCCUCAAGUCCUUCAGCAGCCUGAUUGUCACCAGCCGCGUCAUCUGUGUGGCCACUCCCAACUCGGUCUCCACCUGCCAGGGUGAUUCCGGUGGCCCCUUGGCUCUGGAUGGAACUCUUAUUGGUAUUACUUCCUUCGGAUCUCCCGAUGGCUGUGAGGUUGGAGCCCCGGCUGCCUUCACCCGAGUGACCAGCUACCUGGACUGGAUCAAGACCAACUCUGGAGUUUCCGCUUAGAUGGGAAUGUAAUUAUUUUUGGUUAAAUGUUUAAAUAAAGAAAUGGAUGGACAAAAGAAAA